CCGGCGGGCUGUGUUUCCCAGCCGGGAGCCGCGCGGCCGUGCGGGCGGGGCUGAUGCAAUGGUGGUGACGGAGAGCGGCGGUUCUCUUUGUUGCUGCUGUUUUGAAUCUCCCAGCCAAAGAGUUGGAAGAGGAUAAAUUCAGUUGAGUUGUACCUAAACAGAUCUUUGUGCAGUCUGGCAAAAAUGGCUGACAGCCUGAACUGUGAUUUGAAGUCUCUGAGUCCACUUCAGCUGUUUGAAAGAGUGACUGAACAAGGAGAGAAAGUCAGAGCACUGAAAGCAGGAAAAGCACCAAAGGAUGAAAUUGAUGCAGCAGUGAGGAUGCUCUUAUCAUUAAAACUGUCAUAUAAAACAACAACAGGACAAGAUUAUCAGGCAGGCUUGCCUCCAAAAGAUCUUGUAUUAAUAAACAAUGGUACAACUAAAGAAGAGGAUGAGGAUUUAGUGGAUCCCUGGAAUGUGCAGACAUCAAAUGCUAAAGGCGUGGAUUAUGACAAGCUCAUAGUUCGGUUUGGCAGCAGUAAAAUUGACACAGAUCUGAUUAAUCGAAUAGAAAGAGCUAUUGGGCAAAAACCUCACCACUUUCUACGUAGAGGAAUCUUUUUUUCCCACAGAGAUAUGGACCAAAUACUUGAUGCUUAUGAAAACAAGAAGCCCUUUUACCUUUAUACAGGAAGAGGGCCAUCCUCUCAGGCAAUGCACGUUGGUCAUCUCAUCCCAUUUUUGUUCACAAAGUGGCUUCAAGAAGUAUUUGAUGUUCCCUUGGUAAUACAGUUAACUGAUGAUGAGAAAUACCUUUGGAAGGACAUGACAGUUGAGAAGGCAUAUGAAUACGCUAGAGAAAAUGCAAAAGACAUCAUUGCAUGUGGUUUUGACAUCAAUAAAACCUUUAUAUUUUCGGAUUUAGACUAUUUAGGGACAAGUGCUGGAUUCUACAAGAACAUUGUCAAAGUUCAGAAGCAUGUCACAUUUAACCAAGUGAAAGGAAUCUUUGGCUUUACAGACAGUGAUUGCAUUGGUAAGAUCAGCUUUCCUGCUAUCCAAGCUGCUCCAUCCUUCAGUUCAUCGUUUCCACAGAUAUUCAAUGGCAAAGAGAAUAUUCAGUGUCUUAUCCCAUGUGCAAUUGACCAGGAUCCUUAUUUUAGAAUGACCCGCGAUGUAGCACCGAGAAUUGGACAGCCUAAACCAGCCUUACUCCACUCAGUCUUCUUCCCAGCCCUACAAGGAGCACAGACCAAAAUGAGUGCUAGUGACCCAAACUCCUCCAUCUUCCUCACUGAUACACCCAAACAAAUCAAGACAAAGAUUAACAAGCACGCCUUCUCGGGAGGCAGGGACACCAUUGAGGAGCACAGGAAGUACGGAGGCAACUGUGACGUUGAUGUUUCUUUUAUGUACCUGACUUUCUUCCUGGAGGAUGAUGACAGGCUCGAGCAGCUGAAGCAGGCCUACACCAGUGGGGAGUUGCUCACAGGGGAGCUGAAGAAAGUACUUAUUGAAACAAUGCAGCCCUUGGUAGCAGCUCAUCAAGAGAGAAGGAAGCAGGUCACAGAUGAAAUUGUGAAGCAGUUCAUGACUCCAAGGAAGCUGGCUUUUGAAUUUUGAAGAAAUGUAUAUGUAACUUAGCACUUCAUGAUCCACAGCCAAGUAAUUGUUGUCUUCUGUUGUGUCAUCACUCCCUAGUUAUGUACAGCCUGUAACUGGUGCUUUAUAAAUAAUGAGUAAAUUAUCAUGAACAGCAGAGUACAGAAAAAGUUUAAAAUAGGACUUGUAUCUAUUUAAAAUCAGAAUAUGCAAGACAAUUGAUCAGUCUUGCAGAAAAGCAUGUUUGUCAGCCCAGCACUGUAUUUUAAUGUAUUUCAUGUUGAAAAUAUAAAUAAAAUUCCCAUUUGAUGAUAAAGGCUAACUUGGAAAUUGUUUUAAAUAUAUUGGUAAGAGGUCAUAUCUCAAAGUAAUAAAUAGUAGCUCAAUUUUCUUUUGUACUAUGUACCUUGGUUUAGUAGACUGUACAUCUUCUUGGGCUGCUGAGAACAUGCUGUGCACAAAAAAGCAGUGAAUGUUACAAAGUGGGAUCGGUACAGAAAGAGUGGACAUCUGUGAGUUGAACACUUUGACAUUGGGCAAGUUACAGAAAUCUCACUGUACUUUUUUCUGGAGCUCUUUACCUGAUCUGAGUGCCUCUGGAAGGAGGAGGUCGUCAGGCCCUUGAUAUUCUCAGGUGGAAGAUAGUAUAGAAAUGCAAACAUUAGUUUCUAGGUAUAUUUAACAAGUGUUAAAUCAUGAUGUGAAAAUUGAAGUCACACUGGACACAGGGAUGCUUCUAGUACUGUCUGUUCUCUUUCACUGCACCAGGAGGUUUAAACUAGGGAUAUUUAUUUUAGGAUGUAUUCCAGUAAGAAAAUAUACUUUGUUAAAAUACCUCAUGCCAUAUUUAAUUAUCUCCUUUCUUCAAAAAACUUCAAUGUCUUUGCUAUGAUUCCUGGAAGAAAAAUCCAAAUUAUUAGUUAUUUGUUGUGAUCUGAACAGUGCUGAGUGCAAACUGUUAGAUCUGUCUUGUAUAGAAUAGAAAAUUGCUAGCCCAGGUAUAAUCUUAGUAAAGGUUGUUUUAUUUGAUGAAGAUAACAUAGGUGGGCUAACCUGGUUAUGUUUGUCCAAGGAACCAAGGAAAAGGCAGAAGUGCAAGGCAAACUAGGCUUAUGGCAUGAGUCUCAAACUUGUGCUGGAAAUAGCAAGGCUUAGCUUUUGUCUUUUUCUUUACAGUUUAUGUGAGCUGACAUUUCUAAUCUAAUGCCAUUGACUUCAGUGAAUUAGUGAAAAUGUUUCCCAGAGACUGUCUCCAUAGCCCACAGGCAAAGCAUCUCAGGCUUAACAAUGAGUAGAAAAACUUUUUUUUUUUUUCCUAGAAAUAGUGCAGCAAUUCUUAGGGAAAAAAAAUAGCUUCUCAAAUCCAGUAAUAAAUAAGCUAAGUCUUAAUUACUUUAGACUUUAAUGAUAACCUUCCUGUUCUUGCAGUCUCAUAUUUGUCAUCUUUAAGCCAUACAUAAAGAUAAGCCUUAAAUUGACUUUAAAAGUGCUUUUACAAACUUAUAAUGCAAAUAUAUUGUUUAAAAUAUGCAUAUUUGUUCUGCUAGAUUUAUUUCAUUAGCUGAGAAUUACUUUUGUAAUUCAGCAAAGGGCAAUAUGCUGUAGGAGAAACAGUGCCGUGCUCUAGAUAAGCAGAUGGAUUAUUUUAUAACAACUGAACUAUGUUUUUAAAGCUCUAGAAAGGAAAGUGAUAGCAAAACUAUUUAGUAUUUGUUUGCUGAACAAGCACUGUUUUCAAGUCCUCUUAGGAAUUCAUACCAACAUGCUUCUGAGAUGGUAGUUUCUCAGAGGAGUCUUGAUGAAAUCCUGACUCUAUUGUAAUUAUUGUUCAUGUCCCAGUGGUCAUUUUAAAGGUCAAGACAAGGCAGUUUUCAAAAACACACUGAAAUGUUAUCAGACAUUGUUCAUUACAUUUUCCUCAAUUUGCUCAUUUUGUCCAUCUCACUCUAAUAAAAAUGUAGAUUAAAGUCUGUAUCAAACUUC